AUGAUCAGAAGAACUUUAGUUGUGGUUUUCCAUCAAAAGAAGUCUGUGGUUUUCGAUCAAAAGAAGUCUCUGGUUUUCGAUCAAAAGAAGUCUCUCCCAAAAAAACUAAAAUCGUCCUCCUUUUAUAGCUCCCGAAGUAGAUCGCAACCUCCUCCGCGUAUCUCGUCCACAUGCAGCUUCUCGUUUGACUCGUUCAGCUCGGCUUGCGGACUUGACUCCAUCGAGGUAGAGCUCGACUUCAUCUUCACAAGUAACUCCGAUAGUAAACAACUGAUUUUGGACAAAGAUAUUUGGUGGGCUCGAUGUCAUUUUACUGGGCCUGGAUGGACUUAUCUUGUCCUUAAGGUUGAUAGGCCUUAUAGGCCGGAUUUCUGGAGGGAAAUCUAG